UGGAUUUACAUGUAUUUAUCAACAUCUCCAUGACAACUAUAAUACCAACCAGUGAAAUUAAGGGUUGGGCUGCUGCAGAAGUCGUAACAACAAGUUGACCCAUCUUAAGGUCAAUCUAGAAGUGUCAUGUCCGGAUGAUCGCUUUCAGAUCAGAGAUGUGUGGAUUACGAUGGCACCUCGCCCCACACACCUAGCUCUACAGCUGUGGGUUAGGACGUGAUGGCCCCACGUGUCAGCCUGAAGUUGGUGGUACUGCUGAUGAUGGGCAUUCCGUUCCUCAUCACCAUGUACCACUGGGGCCAGUGUGAUCUUGGCAGGCUGGAUGACAACUUCAGGGAAGGGCAGUACCGAGGGGCAGGGCCGGUGGAUAAGUUUGAUUCAUCUGCACGCAUUCCGCACAGAGACGUAAAUGCUAUCGGCCAACCUGCAGAGGAGGGUCCCCUUCCAUAUAAGGAGAUAGAGUGUGUUGUCAAUGGUGACUACUCCAUUAAAGGUCGUCUGGAGGACAAGGAAGUGUACCUACCAUUCACUUUUGUACAGAGAUACUUUGAGGUUUACGGCUCCAUCAACUCAUAUGAUGGGUAUGACCGAUUUGAAUUACAACACAGUUACUCACAGAUCCACCCACCCAGAGACAGCUAUUCACCUGAUGGUGUCUUCAUGUCUUUUGAGUUCUACAAUGUGGAAGACAGAAGAAGAGUCAAAUGUAUCAGUGGAAUUGAAGGUGUACCAGUAUCAGUCCAGUGGAACCACAAUGGACACUUCUACCCAAUACAGAUUGCCCAGUAUGGUUUGAGUCACUACAGCAAACAGUUGAUGGAGCCUAGUCCACAGCGAGCGAUACUGGAGGACGGAGAAGGCGGUGACCUUAACACCUGGCUCCUCCCUGACCGUCGAUCACAAAUCGCUAUCAAAACUGACCAUACCAAUGAGGAGAACAAUGUUAUAGAGUUUGACACCCCAGACCUCCUUAAAAAUCCUGGAAUUACCAUCUCUGUGGAGGACCAUAACCUUAGUACGUUGUCUCUGGAUGUCAAAUUCAUCACCAAUGGCAGUGUCACUGUUCUCUUACGUACAAACGAGGGUAACCUGUUCCGAAUACAUUACAUUCUCAGCAAUACCACUAUGACCUUAGAAGAUCGUGACCUUUAUUAUGGCAUCGGUUCCUCAAAGAAAGGGAAAUGGACACAUUUGACUCGUAAAGUGCUAAUUGAUUAUGAUAAAGGUCAGAUUUUAAAAAUUGCCAAAAGCAAAAGAGGCAAAGUGAAACUAACGCCUGCUAAAAUCGUAGCUGUGUGUUUUCGUGGUCAUGGCUUAGUAGACAAUAUCACAUUAUCAUCUGAGGCUCACCUGGAUCAUUUUUUUGAUGCAGCAAAUUAUCUUGUGAACUAUCAGGAUUCCAGAGGAGGGUGGCCUAUACAAGUGACUCGUAAAAUAAUUCCAGGUAAAUUGGAAUUAAAGCCAGGCUGGUACUCAGCUAUGGGUCAAGGACAGGCCAUUUCUUUGUUAGUGCGGGCCUAUAGUGUUACCAAAGACAACAAGUACUUGGACAGUGCUGCAAAGGCUCUUAAUAUCUUCGAAAUUCCAAGCUCUGAAGGAGGAGUAUUACAAAAAUUUGCAAAUACAUAUGACUGGUAUGAGGAAUAUCCAACAACACCAGGUACUUUUGUAUUAAAUGGAUUUAUAUAUUCUCUGAUUGGAUUAUAUGAUUUAAAGGUUGUGUCUUCUGGUCAGACAGCAGAACAUGCUGCAAAGUUGUAUAACGCCGGCUUACGGACGUUAAAAAAUAUGUUAUUAAUGUAUGAUAGUGGUACAGGGACGUUUUACGACCUGAAACACAUUUCUCUGGGCGUGGCGCCCAACAGGGCACGGUGGGAUUAUCAUACUGUUCAUAUCAAUCAGCUUCUCUUACUAAGUCUCAUUGACGACGAUCCUCUGUUUGAAACAACGGCCCAACGAUGGAUGGGGUACCUCAAGGGGAAACUCUCACCUCAUAACUGAAAAUUGAAAAUCUUUAUAUACUUCCUGUUUUGUUUAUUUGAUUCAAUCAGUAUUGAAUAAAUGGAUGUCUGAAGAAGUGGAUAUUGAUGAAACAAUCUUGGAUAGUUUUAAGAAACCAAUUUCCAGAGAAAUGAAGUCUUAAAAAAUGAAUAUCAUUUAACAUGAUAAACUUGGAUAUUUGGAAGAAACAAGUCUUCAGAUAAAUUGGUAUCUAAAGAAAUGGAUGAGGAUUAUUUGGAAGAAACCAAUUAAUAUGUAACAAUUUGAUAUUUGUAAACAAGAUAUGUAUACUCCAUAUUUGUCAAACAACUGUAUUUUUUUGUUGUUUGUAAAACAACUAGAUAUCUGCCAAAGAUAGAUAUACAUUCUGUUUGUUAGGAAACUAGAUUAAUGUCAAAGACUUGUAUACGCUAUCUUCAUAUCAAAUAAUCUAAAAUGUUUAAUAUUUUGUCAGUUCUUUCUAACUAAAGGGAAUAUAUUAAAUCAAUGUACAGGAUGAUAGAUAAGUGUGAUAUGUGACAAUCUUUUUUUUAUUACAACAGCUUUGUCACUUCAAUGAAAGGAGACAUGACACCUUACAGAUAUACUGAUACAUAGGACUUAUUAUAAAGCCUUUAAUAGAUUGAUGUUACACAACACACAAAUAUACUAACAACUUUUUAUCAUCAUGUAUCAAUAUUGAUGUUAUAUUGUUUGAAACUCUGAACUCGUAUUAUAGGAAAUGUAACUGAAUCAAACUAUAAAUCAUCCCAUUAAAUAAUUAUAAAAUGUUUGCUGCUUAAUUGGUUUUCGUUGUACUGAAUUUUUAUUUGGUAAUUAUGCUAAAAACUACUUGUAUACUCAAAU